AUGAAAGGAUCACUUCUUGCCGCGAUAUCUCUGCUCUUUCCCACUAUAAAUGCUCUGCCUUCUAAGAGUGCCACUGGGCCAUUCUUAACGCAAGUCGACAACACGACAUGGGUCCUCGGAAAUGAAAUCUGGAAUGUCACUCAGGAGCAGAUCUAUGGAGUUAAGCUCAUGUAUAAGGAGAAGGACUGUGUCGGAGAGGCAGUUGGCCAUUAUGUUAGCUACAACGGUGCAGCAUCUAACCUGAACUGGACCUCUGCUUCCAUUACCAAACAAGGGACCUACAAAGGCAAGCAAUAUAUUGAUGUCUCCUUCACUGCUGCGGAGGGAGACAUGCAUUGGGUCAUUUUCUCCGGUCUGUCCGGUGCCUAUCAAUAUUUUGUGAACCAUGCACUGCCUACUCUCGGUGAAUUUCGGACACUCUGGCGGUUGGAUAACACGACAUUUACAAAGGGCCGAACUAAUAUCAAAGACGAGGAGCUGCCCCCUCUAAGCGAAUAUCUGUCCCAGAACAAGGUUCAAGAUGAGACGUGGUUGAAGCCCGAUGGAAGCGGGUAUAUCACGAAGUAUGAUUUCACUGCGUGGUCCAGAAACCAGGAUUACUUUGGUGUGUAUGGAGAUGGAUUUGGUAGCUGGUACAUUAACCCUGGGAAGGACUAUUACAAUGGUGACCAUCUCAAGCAAGAGUUGAUGGUCCAUCGAGAAUCUUCUACUGGAGACGCCGUACAGCUAAACAUGAUCCACGGUACCCACUUCAUGGCCUCCUCGUCCGACGUGUUCCCAGAUGGCAAGAUGUGGGGACCUUGGCUCUGGUAUCUCAACGAUGGUGAUAAACAUGAUGCAGCCAAGAAAUCCGCUGAAGAAUUCCAAUCUUGGCCGUAUGCCUGGCUCGAUGACGAAGAUUACCAGAGCCGCGGUGUCGUGAAGGGCAAAAUCGUCCUCUCCGACGGCCGUCCUGCCAGCAAUGCUGCCGUUUUCCUAGGCGACAACAACCCAGAUAAAACCGGUCUUGAUAUGGGCUCCACAUACUACUACACUGCGUACGCCGAUAAACAUGGAGAGUUCGAGUUCUCCAACGUGCGUGCUGCCACAUACGGCCUACAGGCCUGGUCCAAUGGAAGCUCCAUUGCAGAUGUCACGACCUCUUUCCUCCAGAACGAUGUCAUCGUGAAGAAGGCAGCAAAGACCAAUCUCGGCAGCCUCACUUGGAAAGUAUCUUCGAAGGAGCAAGUGUUCCAGGUCGGUGACUUCGAUCGCUACAGUUAUGGCUUCUUGCACGGCGGGGCCCCCAACCAGCAUGCUCUAGUUGCUUCUUGUCCGGUCAAUCUAGAAUACACAAUUGGCAAGUCAGAGACAAGCGACUGGUGUUUCGGCCAAACGUACCAGGGUAAUUGGACCAUCCGCUUCAAGGCACAGACUGUCCCCAAGGCGGCGGCCCCGAAUCUGAUAGUCUCGCUGGCCGGUUAUUCCUCGGGUGCUAGCUCCAACAUUCUUGCUAAUGGAGUCCAAAUCGGCAAUAUGACUAGUGGGUCCUCGUUGCUGCCCUCUGACCCAUGCUUAUACCGCUCUGCAACGGGGGCGGGCGAGUGGCAUUUGCUUGAGUACUCGUUCGACAAGAAUUUGCUGAAAGAAGGUUGGAAUGAUAUUACUUUUGACAUGGUCAGGAACACUACUUGGCAUGGAUUCAUGUGGGAUAGUAUUGUCUUGGAGUGGUAG